AUGAACAGCUCCUCAUACUACACAGAAAAGGCGCUCAAGGCCCCUAAAUACACAGAGAAGGAGCAGGAAGUGAUUGAGGCCGGCAUAGAGCGCUCGCAGUUAAAGUACUCGGCCGCCAUUCUCCUCACCCUUUUAUCCUUGCAUCGGGUUCCUAGAUUGGAGCCAUACACCUCUAAAUUUCUCUACCUACAGAACCAAACAGGCACCAACCCGGCAACGUACGACACACAUAUUGACGAUGUCUACUUCGUGAUGACCUGGAUUGUGCUUUUGGUGUUUAUCCGCUCGAUCUUGAUGGACUACCUCUUCAAACCGAUUGCGCGCGCCUACAACAUCAACUCUGCCAAGGCGUUGACCAGAUUUGCCGAACAGGGCUGGUCUUUUACCUACUACUCCAUCUCCUGGGGGGUGGGUAUGUGGUUGUAUGUGAGAUCCAACUACUGGCUCGACUGUGACAACAUCUUCCGUGGGUGGCCGCACCAGACCUUUUCUGUGGCGUUCAAGAGCUACUACUUAAUCCAGAUUGCGUGCUGGUUGCAACAGAUAUUUGUGUUGAACGUGGAGGAAAAGAGAAAGGACUAUGUCCAGAUGUUUUCCCACCACAUAAUCACGUGCAUUCUCUGUAUCGGCUCCUAUUACAAGCACUUUACCAAUAUCGGCCAUGUCAUCCUUGUGAUUAUGGACCUGGUAGAUAUCUUUUUGGCGGCUGCCAAGAUGCUAAAGUAUUUGGGCUACUCCACCGCGUGUGAUGUGAUGUUUAUUCUCUUUAUGGUCAGCUGGAUCAUCUUGAGGCAUGGGGUGUACAACUAUAUUCUCUGGCACGCGUCCACAAGGCUGUUCAUGUUGAUGGCCCCGCGCCACUGUUCGCUUGCCACUGAUCCGGACAUGUUUUGCUUUGUGGACUGGGACGUCAAGAUCUUCCUCUGGUUGUUGGCGGGUCUCCAGGUCAUCACCCUUAUCUGGAUGUACAUGAUUGCCCGUGUCGCAUACAAAGUCAUUACCGGCAGCGGCGCCGAGGAUGUCAGAAGUGACGAAGAUGACACUGACAAUGAAGCGGGGUCGACUGAUAUCAGUGAUGACGAUGAGGAAACCGCCAUUGAUUCCGAAAACGAGUCCAAGCUUAAGAAUUAA